AGGGAAAGCCGAGUGGGGGGGUUAGAGACCAGCCAGCGAUGCUGCUUUGGGGCCCCCUCCUCCGCUGAAGCUGAGAAUUAGGGUGCAAGGGGCGAGAAGGGGAGAAGUUUAGUGGGGGGAAAGAAAAGAAAGGAAGAGGAGAGAGCGAAACAGGAAAAGAAAGAGAGGAGGCCUGGAACAGAAGGUAGGGAGGAGGCUAACAGCGGGAGGGUUGAGGUGGUGGUGGUGGGGAGAGACGAGAAGACCCCUCCCCAGGCGAAACAAGGGUGUGUUGGUUGCAAGCCACCCUUCCGAGGGAGGCUGUGGCCGGGCGUGUUUAGCUCUGUUCCGUGUAGCAAAUAAUAAGAAGCGAGGAUGGUGAGCUGAGGCUCCGGGUUAGUUUUAGUUGUGUGUCUUACCGGGAAAGAGAAUCUGCGCGGCUGGGGAGAGGCAAGGAAAAGUAUGAACGUUCCAUCGGGAGGGAAACUCUGAACGUUCUAUUUCACCCCCCCCCUCUUCCACUCUCCUCCAUUCGCUCUCUUUCUCCCUCCCCCCACCCCCCGGGAGCCCUCAGCGUUCCAUCCGGCCUAGAAGUGAGUGUUCGAAACGUUCCAUUCGGGUCGCCUCCUGCUUAAGAGCAAGGGGGUAAGCGGGAGGUGCAAGGGGCGGGCAGGCGGUGGGUAGGUGGGGGGGACGACCCCGAGAGAGAAUCCCGGAGGCAGAAGUGAGCGAGGGGACGCGCAGGCAGAAAGGCCUUCUCCGUCGGAUGCGGCUGCUUGAAGAUCAAAGGCAAAACCGGAGCUCCCUUUGUGUGUCGUCCUAGGGAUCUUGCUGCUUCGCUCUUCCCUUUGGGCUGAUUUUGGAACCCUGAACUGCCGUGGUGGAAGGAAGCAAAGCUCACCCGUCCCCUACUCUCCGAAGGGGGCUGGGCGGUCUCUUUUUUUUCCUGGGUGGAGAGAGAGCCUCGGAUAUUGGAACUAGCAUCCUUCCCAAACCUUUUUGUUUUGUUUUGUUUUGCUUGUUUUAUCCUCCCUUCGCUCUCCGGGUGGCUGUAAAUAAAAGUCCAGCAGAAAUAUAUAUCUAUAUAUAGUUUUUUUGUUUUUUUUUAAGGAAGGGAACAAAUGCAAACCCUUCCUUUUCCUCCCUUCGUGAUUUUUUGGAUAAUGAUUUCUGCUAUAUCUUGCCGAUGGAUUUUGCCGGGUGAGGAUUUCUGGAUCGCCUUGUAGAAGAGAGGUAGGUCUCUUGGAUACAGGAUGGAUGAUCAGAAGCCACCUGGUGAGGACAAAGACUCUGACACACCAGCAGCAGAUGGAAUUGUGUCCUUGGAGGAGCAGGGCAGCGUGGAAGCUGAUCCCUUGAAGCCACCAGAAGAAGGCCCUGCAAAAGAGGCAUUGGAAGAAGCGGAAGCGGAAGCAGAGCCAACCCCGACCUGCAGCUCCCCACCCAGGCGCUGCGCAUUCUGCAACUGCAGCAAGUGGAGCCUUCACGGGCAGCGAGAGCUGUUGCGCUUCGAUCCGGUGCCUGGCUGGGCGGACGAGCUUUCGGAGCCGCAGGAAGGGAAGCAGCCUGGCUCGGCGGAGGCUGGAGGUGACGACCUGACCGUGAUUGGCUUUGCGGAUGGUGUGGCAGUGCAAGAGGUGUUUGAGCCAACAGGUCACUUCUGGGCUCAUCACUGGUGCGUGGUGUGGUCGGCCGGAGACUUGCGUUCGGAAGGGUCAUGGUUGAGCCUUGUGAACAAAGCUGUCAUCUCAGGGAUUGCACAGAAAUGUGAACACUGUAAGAGACUGGGUGCUACCAUUCCGUGCCAUGCAGAGGGGUGCCAGCGCCACUAUCACUUCCCCUGCGCGGCAACCAGUGGCUGCUUCCAGUCCAUGAAGAGCUUGAAGCUCCUCUGUCCUGAGCACCUGGACCAGGCAGUGCAGAUGGAGGACUCUCGCUGCAUGGUGUGCGACGCCCCCGGGGAGCUGCGCGAUCUACUCUUCUGCACUAGCUGUGGCCUGCACUACCACGGCGCCUGCUUGGAGAUCACGGUGACGCCACGCAAGCGCUCGGGCUGGCAAUGUCACGAAUGCAAAGUUUGCCAAACCUGCAGGCUGUCUGGAGAGGACAGCAGGAUGCUCGUGUGUGAAGCGUGCGAGAAAUGCUACCACACCUAUUGCUUGAAACCAGCCAUCGAGAGCCUUCCCACCGACUCCUGGAAGUGCAAAAGCUGCCGUGUUUGUUCUGACUGUGGCGUCCGCCCUUCAGCCCUGGAUCCCAGCAGCCAGUGGUACGAGAACUACUCCCUCUGCGAAGGAUGUCAAGAGCAGCGUCGCAAGAGCGCAAGUAGCACGGAGGCCGUGCAGCACAGCCAGGAGCAAACUGCCCCAGCCAGCAGCAGCAGUAGCAGCAGCCUCGUCACAACAGAUAAGCCAGCAUCCCCCAAACCACUGGAGGAAGCUUGUGCAGCCAGCAAGGAGCAACCGGAAAGCAACUGCGGCAGCCCGGUCAGUUUGCACCAAGAAGAGCAGGUGCCUUUGGGUUGUGAUGAGAAACCGAAUGAAGCAGACAAGCCGUUAGAGCUGUCCAGUGUUGAUCCGGAGGCCCCUGCAGGGCAGGAGCAGAUGGAAGUAGAGACGCCAUUAGAGCCUGAGAAGGCCCCCUCUCCGCCACCCCCUCCCCCAGUGCCACCAGAUCCAGCCUCACCCACCCACCCCGAGGAGCCCCCGCUCGGUGCCAAAGAGCAUCCUGCUUUUGAGUUGCUGCCCACAGAGCCAGAACCCACAGAGAGCCAUACUGAGGCGGCACCCCAAGCCCCGGAAGGGCAGGCCUCUCCAGCGAGCCCUCGGCCUGGUUCGCUCAAAGCCGGUUCCCCCCAAGCCAUUGAGGAAGGAGAAGCCCACGAGGAGCCCAUGGACACGGGGGUCGAGGGCCUGGCGCCAGACAGCCCUGCUGGCAGCCAAGUACAGCCUAGCAAAGAGGACGAAGAGGAGGAGGAGGAGGAAGAAGAGGACGAGGAGGCCGGAGAGGCAGCUCCAGCGCCCAAGAUGGAGCUCGAGGAGAGAUUAUCCCCUCUGCUGAGCGAGGCAGAGGCUCCGGAUGAGGACGGGCCUGCUGCGUUGGGGCCGGAGCCCCCAGAGGAGAGCCUGGGCUUUGCCCACGAACCCAAGCGCUCCCCUUCGCCUGUGGAGGCGGAGUUGCUGGGGGGCACCCCAAUGGAGGCCUACGGGGCUGGCCACCCGCAGGAGGGAGGGGCGAGCGGGGAGGAGGAGGCCGGGCCGGCGCCGGCACCCUUGAGGCCCCACCACUUAUUGAAGUCGGAUAUCGUGAACGAGAUCUCGAACCUGAGCCAAGGCGACGCCAGCAGCUUCCCAGGCUCGGAGCUCCAGUUUGCCUCACCGUACCACGAAGGCGGCGGCUCGAUGUCCCUGGAGAUGGCCUGCCUGACCUCCACAGACGUCAGCCUCCAGAGGGACGAUGCGGCCUCCUUGCCGCCGGGCGAGAUGGACGACUCCUUGCCUUUUGACACGAAAGCGGAAUGUGAGAAGGGGCGGCGGCGGAGCUCCCCGGCCCGUUCCCGCGUCAAGCAGGGUCGCAGCAGCAGUUUUCCUGGGAGGAGACGGCCUCGGGGAGGGUCCCACACAAGCCGAGGGCGGGGCCGAUCACGGUUGAAAUCCACCACUUCUUCCAUCGAGACAUUGGCGCUCGCUGAUAUCGACAGCUCCCCGAGCAAGGAGGAUGACGAUGACGACGAUGACACAAUGCAGAACACGGUGGUGCUCUUCUCCAACACGGACAAGUUUGUGUUGAUGCAGGAUAUGUGCGUGGUGUGUGGUAGCUUUGGCCGUGGUGCUGAGGGCCACCUCCUGGCAUGCUCCCAGUGCUCUCAAUGUUACCAUCCUUACUGCGUCAACAGCAAGAUUACCAAGGUGAUGCUGCUAAAGGGCUGGCGCUGCGUGGAAUGCAUUGUGUGUGAGGUUUGUGGCAAAGCGUCGGACCCGUCCCGCCUGCUGCUCUGCGAUGAUUGUGACAUCAGCUACCACACGUAUUGCCUGGACCCGCCUCUGAACACCGUGCCCAAGGGCGGCUGGAAGUGUAAAUGGUGCGUAUGCUGCGUGCAGUGUGGGGCAGUCUCGCCUGGCUUCCACUGCGAAUGGCAGAACAACUACACCCACUGUGCUCCCUGCGGCAGCCUUGUCACCUGCCCCAUCUGCCAUGUGAAGUAUGUGGAAGACGACCUUCUGAUCCAGUGCCAGCACUGUGAGAGGUGGAUGCAUGCUGUGUGCGACAACCUAUUCACGGAGGAAGAAGUCGAACAGGCAGCAGACGAGGGAUUUGACUGUACCUCCUGCCAGCCCUAUGUGGUCAAGCCUGUUGUUCCGGUCCCCCCUCCAGAAAUUAUUCCAGUGAAGAUCAAGGAGCCCGAGCCCCAGUAUUUUCGCUUUGAAGGCGUCUGGCUGACAGAGACGGGCAUGGCAGUGUUGCGGAACUUGUCCUUGUCGCCACUGCACAAGCGCCGGCCGCGCAAGACCCCAACGACCCCAACGACGCCACGGCCGCCGGGUGCGCUCAAUGGCGAAGGCGGGCUGGAUGGGGUUGACCCCUUGGGCCCCGAAGAGAAAAAGGAGGGCGACGUGGAGGGAGAUGAGAUCCUGAAAGCUGAAGUCAGUGUCGAACACAUGGAGUGCGAGAUCAAACUGGAAGCCCCUGCUACCCCGGAGAGGGAAGCUGCAGCCGAGGCCGAUUUGGCGAAGGGUCUUCUGGAGGACUCUGAGGAGGUCAAGAAGCGGAAGCGGAAGCCAUAUCGCCCAGGUAUCGGAGGGUUCAUGGUGCGGCAGCGGAAAUCCCACACCCGCUUGAAAAAGGGCUCGGCGGCCUUGGCAGAAGCCUCUCGCGAGUCGACAGGUGCUGAGGGGCACCCAGAGGAGGGGGCUCCUCCACCUAACCCGCCCGCUGAAGUUCCCGCGGAGGGCAUCGCUGAGCAGGGGGUGGUUGAGGGUGACGAGAAGAAGAAACGCCGCGGCAGGAAGAAGAGCAAGCUGGAGGACAUGUUCCCUGCCUACCUUCAGGAAGCCUUUUUUGGAAAGGCCCUCCUUGACCUGAGCAGAAAGGCACUGCUGGCAGCUGGCGGUGUGGGUGGGGAUGGAACUGCCCACCCUCCCAUUGGUCAAGGGGCUCCCAGGCCCAAGGUGGAUUGCAGCAUGCUUCAGAAAGGGCCGGUGGACGGGAAAGACCCUUCAGUUCAGCCCAAAGGGGAUGAAUGUGUUGACGGCAGGGAGGCAGUAGCCCCGGAAAACAACUUGAAAAUUGCUGAUGCCAAGACUGAAAAUACCGGCACAGAAGAUCAGAAGGUGCCCAAGACCUCUCCAGACCCUACAGGUGCCGAGAACCCAGCCACACCCCCGGGGGAGGGGGUGCUCAGCUCCGACCUUGACAAAAUCCCCACUGAAGAGCUGCCCAAAAUGGAGAGCAAGGACGUCCAGCAACUCUUCAAAGAUGUCCUGGGAUCUGCAGAGCGAGAGCAGCAACAGCAGCAGCUCAACUGCAUUGGGGCAGAAGCUGAGGCUGGAGGCCUUCGGGAUCCAAGCCGCUCGCAACUGGCCCAGAGGCCUUUCCUGCAAGGUGGCGGCGGGGUCUCCCUUGGGCCCCUUCAACCUGCUGUGCCGAUGGAGACCUACUCAGGGGUUUGCCAGUCCCCAUUUCUUGAUAGCAGGGAGAGGAGCGGCUUCUUCAGCCCCGAGCAGUGUGAGCCAGAGAGUCCUUGGGCCAGCAGCUCUGCGGCUUCCACCCCCACCACCCCCACCACGGAGGGGGAGAGCGACGGGCUGUCAUACAACCAGCGGAGCUUGCAGCGCUGGGAGAAAGAUGAAGAGCUGGGAGAGCUCUCCACCAUCUCGCCCGUCCUCUAUGCCAACAUGAACUUCCCCAAUCUCAAGCAAGACUACCCAGAUUGGUCGACCCGUUGCAAGCAGAUCAUGAAGCUCUGGAGAAAGGUGCCAGCCCCAGACAAAGCCCCAUACUUGCAAAAGGCCAAAGAUAACCGGGCAGCCCACCGCAUCAACAAGGUGCAGAAGCAAGCCGAGAGCCAGAUCAACAAGCAGACCAAAGUCGAGGUGCUGCGCAGGCCAGACCGGCCGGCCCUACACUUGCGCAUCCCGCCCCAGCAGGGGGCGCUGCCCACCGCGGCCCCCCAGCCGCCUCCUCCGCCUCCACUGCCCCCUCCUCCUUCUGCCGCCUCUGUGCCAGGGCAGCCGCUCUACGUCAACAGCACCGCAGCUCUGCCCAGCGGGUCCAGCGGCGUCGAGUCGCCCAGUGAGCUCUUCCUCAAACUCCCUUCUUCUGCCGCCAGUGCCCAGCCCCCCGCUCCAGUGCCUUUGCACGAGCCCUACGGCAUGGCCUGCCCCCCGCCGGAUUCAGGUUUCCCCUCUCCCUCCUCGGUGGGCCAGAGCCCAACAGUGCCUGCUGGCUUUGCUUCGUCAUCGUCGUCCUCCUCCUCCUCUUCCUCUGGACAGUCUCCGCUCCUGCCGAACCCUCGCCCGGCCCCGCAGCCCGGGGACUUCCAGCCCACCCCUCCAGGGACCCCGAGGCACCAGCCCUCCACGCCAGACCACUUCCUCAAGCCCCGCUGCCCCAGCGGGUCCUUGGAGAACUUGUCGGUGCCCGGGAGCCCCCAGCGGGCUGCCCUCCUGCUCUCGCCUCCGCCUUUUGGGGAGCUGAAGAAAGGGUUGGACAUCAAGAAGGAAGAGGCCGGGCCGGGGAUCUGCUCCCCCAGCUACGGCUGCAGCUACGGCGACUCGCCGUCCGGUGCUCACCACCUGGCCGAAAUGAAGGCUCCGGAUGUUUUCAAGGCCCCUCUCACUCCCCGUCAGUCUCAGGUCGAGCCGCAGAGCCCGGGCUUGGGGCUCCGGCCUCCCGACGCCCACCCUCUGGCCGCGUCUCCCCCCACCCAGGUCGACCUCUACCGCCAAUCACCGUACCCAGACCCCUAUGCUCAGCCGCCCCUGACGCCUAGGCCUCAACCCCAGCCCCCGGAAAGCUGCUGUGCCCUGCCACCCCGCUCCUUGCCCUCCGACCCUUUCUCGCGCGUCCCCGCCAGCCCCCAGUCCCAUUCCAGCUCCCAGUCUCCCCUCACACCCCGGCCGCACUCCAAUGAAGCCUUCUGCCAGUCCCCGGUCACACCCCGCUUCCAGUCCCCGGACCCCUACUCCCGCCCCCCUUCGCGACCACAGUCACGGGACCCCUUCGCGCCCCUGCACAAGCCCCCUCGCCCCCAGAUGCCGGAGGCCAGCUUCAAGCCCAUGCCCGGCUCCCAAAACACCCUUGCCCCUGGGGGCUUCCCGACAGGGCCAUCCUCCUCCGAAGCCCCCCCUAAGCCUGGCCCACAGCCCCAAUUCGCUCGCUCCCCUGGGGCAAGCGUUUUCCCGAGCACUCAGGCCCAGCAGAUGCGAUUCACCUUCCCUCCCAGCGAACCCCUCAAGAGCUCCCCUUCCCACAGCAUCAACAGCCAUUUUGCCCCCGGCAAGCCCCAGAGCACAAGCUACGUCUCCUCUCCGGGGUUCCACCAAGCCGGGAGCCCCCUUGGCCCCGGCAAGGGCACCACGGACUCCUACAACGUCUCUCCACUGCGCCCGCCCUCCGCUCUGCCCCAGCCGCCGCCACCACCACCUCAACAAGAUGGCUCCUUGACCUACCUGCCGCGGACAGGCCUGGUGCCGCCGGGUGACAAGAGGGAAGAGGGAGCGGUUGGAGCCGCCAACCGGGAAAUGCAGGAACUGCCAGCCAGCCAGGAGGGGACGAUGGGCAGCAAUGCCACCCAGACCGAGAUGGAGAAAGUUCGGCAGCGGCAGAGGCUCCGCGAGUUCCUCAUCCGCCAGCAGAUCCAGAGGAACAACUUGAGGCAGGAGAAGGAAAGUGCUGCCGCGGCGGCCAACAGUGCCCAGGCGUCGUGGAACCCUGAGGGUGGCGGGCAGGCCUUUGAGCAGAUGAACCGGAGCAUGACUCCCUAUCCAACAGUGCAGGACAAAGGAAUGCUUGGCAGCCUGGGUGGCGCCCCAGCGGGGAGCAAACUUCCCAGUGGAGUGAUGGGGCAAGGGUCCUACGUUCAGGACGAGCGACUUGCCCGCCCCCCUCCAUCAGCGACCCCUUCUACCAUGGAUAUCAAUGGCAGGUCUUCAGUGGCUGCCGCGCAGCCAUUUUAUCCCCGCGGUGUCUUCCAAGCCCCUUCUCCACAGCAGCAGAUGUGGCAGCAGCAGCAGCAACAGCAGCAGCAGCAAGCUGUGUCCAUGCGUCUCUCUGUCCCUUCGCGCUUCCCCCAGCCCCCCACCCAAGACUUGAGCCGGCAAGCCCUAGCAGGCCUCGCCCCACGCCUGCCAGGCCCCGGAGAACAGAUUCAAGCCUCGACCGGCGCUCUGGGAGCCCAGUUCAUUGAGCUGCGGCACAACAUCCAGAAGGGAGUGCUUGGGAGCGGUGCGGGGCCCACCUUUGUCCAGCAAAACCCACAGGCUCGGACCAGAUUCUUCAUACCUGGGAAUGACGGUGCCAACCAGGCUUUGAAAUCUCCCGUUAUGCCCAUGCAGGCUCCUGUCCUGGGAAGCCAAGGCCUGCAAGCCCAGAAGAUGCCUGUCCCUAUACCAUCCUCUCCUCAGCAGGGGGCAGAGAUGAGCAACAACCACCACCCCCAGGCCAAGGCUGUGUCCCAGUUGAUCCUGCCCCCUGGAAACUUGGAGAUGCAACAUAUCCCGCCCCGACCCCUCUCCUCGUCCGGCCCUAAAGAUGGGCCCAUCACCUCAGCUGCCACCGACGCUGCCCCACCUGCUGGCAGGAACCAGUUAGGCCUGGCCGGCAGGCAGCUCCCCUGCGAAGUGCCGGUGGAGCCGGACUUAGACGACGACUUUGAUUCCCACAAAGACCUGGAGGAUGACGACGACUUGGCCAACCUGAGCCUGGACCCGGACGUUGCCAAGGGCGACGACGACCUCGGGAACCUGGAUAACUUGGAAACCAACGACCCGCACCUCGACGACCUGCUGAACGGAGACGAGUUUGACUUGUUGGCCUACACCGACCCAGAACUGGACACCGGGGACAAGAAGGACAUCUUCAACGAGCACCUGCGGUUGGUGGAGUCGGCCAACGAGAAGGCCGAGCGGGAGGAUCUGCUCAAGAAGGAGCCCUCGGCCGGCCCCUACCUCAAGGAAACGCCCUCGGCUGGUGUCGGGAAGCCAGGUGAGCCGAGGGCGCCAUCGUUGCCCAGAGAUGACGUGCCCAAGGCGAAAGAAGGGCUCAGCCUCCUCCACGUCCCCUGCCCGUCCUCUGCCUCAGGGGUGCCACCGCCCUCCCCCGGCCUUUCAACACUCAAGGCCCACAGCGACGUGCUCGAUAGCAAGCUGGUCAGCCUGCCAGCCGAUAUCAAGCCCAAGAUAGAGGAAGGCUGCCUGAAGCCGUCGCCUUGCCAGUUCAACACCGGUGCCCCGGAGAAGCUUCCCAUCAAGUCCGAAGGGGCCGAGAAGAUGGCAGCCGCCUUGGCGGUCAACAUCAAGCCCGGCCAGGGCCUCAUGAGCCCCGGCGGAGUCCGGCUGGGCAUGACGUCGUUCCAUGGCAACAGCCACGCUUCCAUCUCCGACAAGAUCCUCUACGGUGCCCCGGGCCGGCCGCCGCUGGUCCCCGUGCAGAUGGCCAACGCCGGCAACUCCAUCCUGGAGAAGUUUGAGCUGGACGGGGGGCCCCUCAGCCUGGCCAACGCUCAGCAGCACUCUCCGGCCGACGACCUCGACAAGAUGGAGAGCUCCCUGGUGGCCAGCGAGCUGCCUCUGCUGAUCGAAGACCUGCUGGAGCACGAGAAGAAGGAGCUGCAGAAGAAGCAGCAGAUGUCGGCCCAGAUGCCCGGGGGCUCCCAGCAGCACCUCCAGGCUCACACCAUGUUGGCUCACUCGGCUCCCCCUCCCCAGUCUCACGACGGGCAAUUGGUGAGCUCCCAGCAGCAGCAGCAGCAGCAGCAGCUGCAAUUGGGCAUGGUGGCCAGGCAGCAAGGGAUGGUGACCAACCAGCAGCUGAUGCAGCAGCAACAGCAGCAGCGAUUGGCUGGUCCCCAGCAAAGUCAAGUACUGGCCCCGCAUAUGGGCGUGGCUCAGAACCAGGCUCAUAUGCUUGCCGCCCAACAUAGCAUCCAGGCAGCUCAUGGCCAGCAGAACCAACAGCCGGUCUUGGCCCAGAAGCCCAUGCCGGGGGUCCAGCAGCAACAGCAACAGAUGAUGGGGCUCAAGCCGCAGCAAGUUGUGAUGCAACAACAACAACAGCAGCAGCAGCAGCAGCAAUUGGCUAACAGCUUCUUCCCAGAUGCAGAUCUGGAUAAAUUUGCUACUGAGGACAUCAUGGACCCCAUCGCCAAGGCCAAGAUGGUGGCUCUGAAGGGUAUCAAAAAGGUCAUGGCGCAGGGCACCAUCGGAGUGGCUCCGAGCAUGAAUCGGCAACAAGUCUCCUUGCUGGCUCAGAGGUUGUCUGGAGCGUCGUCUUCAUCUGAAAUGCAGAACCACAUCCUGCCUGGCUCUGGAGGACAGGAACGGAGCAAUGACCCAGCACAAGCUCGACCAAACCCACCCACUUUUGCACAAGGUGUCAUCAAUGAAGCUGAUCAGCGUCAGUACGAAGACUGGCUCCUCCAUACGCAGCAACUCCUCCAGAUGCAGCUUAAGGUGCUGGAGGAGCAGAUAGGGGUCCACCGCAAGUCCCGCAAGGCCCUGUGCGCCAAGCAGCGGACGGCGAAAAAGGCCGGCCGGGAGUUCCCCGAGGCUGAUGCCGAGAAGCUCAAGCUGGUGACGGAGCAGCAGAGCAAGAUUCAGAAGCAGUUGGAUCAGGUUCGGAAGCAGCAGAAGGAACACACCAGCCUCAUGGCUGAGUACCGCAACAAGCAGCAGCAGCACCAGCAGCAAAGCUCCGCCGUCUUGGCCCUCAGCCCCUCACAAAGCCCCCGCCUGAUGGCCAAGCUCCCUGGCCAGCUUCUCUCCGCGCACGGCCUCCAGCCGGGGCCGCAGGGCCUAGCAGGCCAGGCCGGCUUGCGCCUCCCUCAGGCUGCCGCCAUGGCUGUGCAGCAGGGCUUGCCCUUUAUGGGAGGGCAGCAGCAGCAGCAGCAGCCACCGGGCGCUUCGGCCCCCAACAGCUUCUUCUCCGGCAACCGCCUGUUGCAGGAGCGGCAGAUGCAGCAGCAGCGGCUGCAGCUGGCGCAGAAGCUGCAGCAGCAGCAGAACCUCAUAGGGCAAGUGUCCAUGCAACAGCAGCAGCAGCAGCAGCAAAGCCACAUGGGACAAAUGGUGAUGCAGCAGCAGCAGCAGCAGCAGCAGCAGCAGCAAAACCUUAUGGGGCAGAUCUCGGUGCAGCAGCAACAGCAGCACCCACAGCAGAGCCUCAUGGGGCAGGUCUCGGUGCAGCAGCAGCAACAGCAAAGCACGAUGGGGCAGGUGGGCCUGAUGAGCCAGCCCCCACCUCCGCCACCCACGCCCCAGCCGAGCCAGAACCUGCUCCCCAAGCAGCAAGGGCUGCUGGGAAACCAGGCGGGAGUCCUGGUCCAGCAGCUCUCUCCACAGCAGCAGCAGCAGCAGCAGCAAGCCAUGCUGGGACACUCAAUGCUGCAGCAUCCGGGCGUGAUGGGGCACCCGGCUUCCCAGAGGCAAAUGCUGUUGGCCCCACAGCAGGGGCAGCAGCAGCAGCAGCAGCACCGAGUGCCUCAGCAGCUGGUGCAGCAGGCUCAGGGCAUGAUGGGGCAUCGGCUGCUGCUGUCGCCGCCGCCACAGCAGCAACAGCAGCAGCAGCCAGGGCUCCUCGGACAGCAGCAGAGGACAUUGCUGAGCCAGCAACAGCACCAGCCCCUUCUGGGCCAGGGGCCGGCCUCCCAGCAGGGUGCCCUGAGCCAGGGGCCGGGCGUGGGCGCCGAACCUCUCCAGCACUUUGCGCAGCACGGGUCUCUGAACCAGCAGCUGCACUCCUCCACUCAGGGAAUGCAGGCAGCCCAGCAGCAGCAGCAGCAGCAGCAGCAGCAGCAGCAGCAGCAGCAGCAGGGGUUGGCUGUCAAGGAGCAGCAAGGAGGGCCAGAAGGCGGCACGGCCAUGCUGCCCCUCGAAGGGGCAGACGGUGCAUUGCAACAGCAGCAACAGCAGCUAAGACCCCACAUGGUGGGCCCAGAGAUGGGAGGGCAGCUGCAGAUGAGCAGCCAAGAGCAGCAGCAGCAGCAGCAGGGGCUGACCGGCCACGGGACUCCUCUUCCGGAGCAGCCCUCUCAGCUGAUGCUCCAGCAGCACGGGGAGCAGCAGAAGCAGUCGGCUGAGCUGGGCCAAGCCCAGCACCUGCUCUUGGGCCCCCAGCAGCAGAACAUGCUGGGAUCCCUGCAGCUACGGAUGCAGCAGCAGCAGCAGCAGCAGCAAAACAGCCACCUGCAGCAGCAGCAGCAGCAACAGAACAACCUCCUCCAGCAGCCAUUGCGUUCUCACCUGCCUAUAGACGGCAUUCUGCAGCAAGAGCUGUCGCAGCAGCAGCAGCACCAUCGAGAUGCAACUCAGGGCCCCCACUUGCUCAACCAGCAGAUGGAGCAGCAAGGCCAAGUGCAAAGGAUGAUGGGACAGAACCUGGAGCAGCCUUCCAAAGGCUUGCCGGGCCAGCACCACCUCCAGCAGCAACAACAACAGCAGCAGCAGCAGCAGCAGCAGCAGCAACGCCUUCAGAGCCCAGCUGGGCCCUCGAAAACACCGGGGCUGAUGAUGCAGCAGCAGCAGCAGCAACAACAAAGCAUGAUGGUGCAGCAGUCCUCCCCCCAAGGCCAAAGCAUCCUGUCCAGCCCUAUGAUGGGCCAGAUCCGCGCCCAGCUGCAGGGCGUCAUCUCCAAAAACCCUCAGCUGCGGAACCUGACUCCGCAACAGCAGCAGCAGCUGCAGGCCCUGCUCAUGCAGAGGCACCAGCAGAACCUGCUGCAGCAGCAGCAGCAGCAGAACCAGGCGCUGCGGCAAGCCAGCCCCUACCCGGGGCAGGCGCCCCCCGAGCAAGGCCAGCAAGCUGCUCAGCACCUCUCCCUGCCGGGCGCUGCGGGGCAGCAGCCGCAGAGGCAGCCGCCCCUGGCGGUCUUCCAGAUUCGUCCAGAGCAGGGGUUCGGUGCCUCGGUGGAGCAGCAGCAGCAGCAGCAGCAGCAGAGGGUCCCAGUGAGCCAGCAGGCCGCUGUCUGUCCCCAGCAGCAGGGGAUGGUGAGGCUCCCCACCCCUCAGGCUCCCUCUGUCCCCUUGAGCGUUGCCGGCAUAGCAUCUGGGCAGCAGCCGCCACUGCAGCCACAGCAGCAUCCAAGCCCUCCAGAGCCAAAGAGACCGUCUCCUUUGCUCUUGGCUAAAAGCCCUGAGCAACAGCAGCAGCAGCAGCAGACUCCCACCCAGAAGCACCAGCCUGCUACUCCCAGCUCCCUGCUGCUCCCCACCCCGAGCGCAGGGGAAGGGGCUUCCGGGACCGGCAGCCUCCGAGACUCUGAAUGCCCCACCACCAAAGAGGCCGCAGAGACGGGCACGGCCAACGGGCAGGCGGUGGAAACUGCUUCUCCUUUGGCGGGAAGGGUGCCCCCACCGCCAGGAGACCUUCCCCUUGUUUGCAUCAAACAGGAGCCCAAGGAGGAAGCCUCCCAGUGCGCCCUGAUGAGCGGAACCCAGCCCGUCAAGCGGGAGGCGAACGGGGACCCUGUCUCGGCCGCCGCCCCCAUUCCCGCGACCACCAACAGCCUCACCCGCACCGAAGCCGGGCACCUCUUGCUGCAGAAGCUGCUGCGGGCCAAGAACGUCACUCUGGCGACGCAGCGCUCUGGCGACGUCAACGGGCACGUGGAUGGCAAGAUGGCCGGGGCGGAGGGACGGUUGCAGCCGGUCCCAGAUGCGCGAGAGGACGGGCUGGCAGCCAAGAAGCCUCCGCCGCCGAAGCCCAAGCGGUCUCAGAAAGCUGGGGAGCGAGUCGCCAACUCUCGCAAGAAGCUGCGCAAGGAGGACGGAGUGAAGACCAACGAGGCCCUGAUGAAACAGCUCAAGCAGGAGCUCUCCUUGUUGCCUCUGAUGGAGCCCGUCAUCACAGCCAACUUCAACCUCUUCCCGCCCUUUGGGAGCAGCCCAGUCAACGGCAAGAGCCAGUUGAAGGGCUCCUUUGGUAACGCCGCCUUGGACAGCAUUCCGGACUAUUACUCCCAGCUGCUCACCAAGAACAACCUGAGCAACCCGCCAACACCACCUUCUUCACUGCCUCCCACACCGCCCCCCUCGGUGCAGCAAAAGCUGGUGAACGGGGUCCUGUCUUCCGAGGAGCUGACGGAGCAGCCCAAGGAGCCGGUGCUGCCCCACGAGCACGAAGGGCAAAAGGAUGCUCCCCCUGUGGAAGUGAAAAGCUUAGAUCUCCUCGCAGCUCUGCCCACACCGCCACACAACCAGACCGAGGAUGUCAGGAUGGAGAGCGACGAGGAGAGCGACUCCCCUGACAGCAUCGUCCCAGCCUCGUCCCCCGAGAGUGUCCUGAGCGAAGAGGUGCCACGCUUUCCCCUGCUGUCCGGAGCCAAGCCGGAGGUGGAGGAGAGACCCCUCUCUCCAGUCAUCCCCAUCAUCCCAAAGGCCAGGAUCCCAGCUUUCCCAGAUGCCAAGCCUUUCGGGAGCUUGGAACAAGCGGGAAAGGGGACUCCAGGCACGUCCUGGGAGAAAGCCAAGGGCAGCGAGGUCUCUGUCAUGCUCACUGUCUCUGCAGCUGCCGCCAAGAACCUGAACGGUGUCAUGGUGGCCGUGGCAGAGCUGUUGACCAUGAAGAUCCCCAGUUCUUACGAAGUGCUGUUUCCGGACAGCCCCAUGCGAGCUGCUGCCAGCGAGCCCAGAAAGGUCGAUGCUGACGCACAGGGCAAAGAGAAGCCAGCGGCUCCCAAGGGCCCCGAAGGAGGGCCAGAAUGGCUGAAGCAGUUCGAUGCAAUGCUCCCUGGCUACAGUCUCAAGAACGAGCUGGACAUCUUGACGCUGCUCAAACAGGAGAGUCCCACUCCAGAAAAGGCCGCCCAGCACUGCUACAUCAACAACGUUGCCAACCUGGAUGUGCGGCAGCUGCUGACCCUUCCCGAGGAGCCCUCUCCGCCCCUCUCCCCGUUUGCGCCCUCCCCACCCAGCCCCCCCAGGGUCCCCGAGCCGGUCCCCGAGCCCGAAGCGCCGCCCUUGCCCGCUCCUUCCCCUCCGCCGCCCCUGCCCUCCUCCCCCAAGGAGGAAGCCCCCCAGUCCCCGCCCAAAGCCAAGCCCCGCUCGCGGCCCCUGGAAGACGGCGAGGAGAACAAGCCGCGCCUGAAGAAGUGGAAGGGGGUGCGCUGGAAACGGCUGCGCUUCCUCAUCACCAUCCAGAAGGGCGGCGCCAAGCGGGACGGGGAGCGGGAGAUCGCGGAUUUCGUCGAGCGCCUGGCCGCCACCCUGCGCCCCGACAAAGUGCCGCGGGACUUGCGGAAGUGCUGCUUCUGCCACGAGGAGGGCGACGGUGCCACUGAUGGGCCGGCGCGCCUGCUCAACUUGGACCUGGACCUUUGGGUGCACCUCAACUGCGCCCUGUGGUCCACGGAGGUGUACGAGACCCAGGGCGGGGCGCUCAUCAAUGUGGAGGUGGCGCUGCACCGGGGCCUGCUCACCAAGUGCACCCUCUGCCAGAAGACGGGCGCCACCAACAGCUGCAACCGCAUCCGCUGCCCCAACGUCUACCACUUCGCCUGCGCCAUCCGGGCCAAGUGCAUGUUCUUCAAGGACAAGACCAUGCUGUGCCCCAUGCACAAGCUCAAGGGCCCCUGCGACCAGGAGCUGAGCACCUUCACCGUCUUCCGGCGCGUCUACAUCGAGCGCGACGAGGUCAAGCAGAUCGCCAGCAUUAUCCAGCGAGGCGAGCGCCUCCACAUGUUCCGGGUGGGGGGCCUCGUCUUCCACGCCAUCGGCCAGCUGCUGCCCCACCAGAUGGCCGACUUCCACAGCGUCACGGCGCUCUACCCGGUGGGCUACGAGGCCACCCGCAUCUACUGGAGCCUGCGCACCAACAACCGGCGCUGCUGCUACCGCUGCACCAUCUGCGAGAACAACGGCCGGCCGGAAUUUGUGGUGCAAGUCAUGGAGCAGGGCUUGGAGGACUUGGUCUUCACAGACUCCUCGCCGCAAGCGGUAUGGAACCGAAUCAUCGAACCGGUGGCCUCGAUGCGCAAGGAAGCGGACAUGCUGCGGCUCUUCCCCGAAUAUCUCAAGGGAGAAGAGCUCUUUGGCUUGACGGUGCACGCUGUGCUGCGAAUCGCAGAGUCUCUGCCUGGUGUGGAGAGCUGCCAGAACUACAUGUUCCGCUAUGGGCGCCACCCACUCAUGGAGCUUCCACUCAUGAUCAACCCCACUGGCUGCGCCCGGUCGGAGCCAAAAAUCCUCACGCACUACAAACGGCCCCACACUCUGAACAGCACCAGCAUGUCCAAGGCCUACCAGAGCACGUUCACGGGCGAAACCAACACGCCGUACAGCAAGCAGUUUGUGCACUCCAAGUCCUCCCAGUACCGCCGCCUCAAGACGGAAUGGAAGAACAACGUGUAUCUGGCCCGCUCCCGCAUCCAAGGGCUCGGGCUCUACGCUGCCAAGGAUAUAGAGAAGCACACGAUGGUCAUUGAGUACAUUGGAACCAUCAUCCGCAACGAGGUGGCCAACCGGCGGGAGAAGAUCUACGAGGAGCAGAACCGAGGGAUCUACAUGUUCCGUAUCAACAAUGAGCACGUCAUCGAUGCCACACUGACAGGUGGCCCUGCCAGGUACAUCAAUCACUCCUGCGCACCCAACUGUGUGGCUGAGGUUGUGACUUUUGACAAGGAGGACAAGAUCAUAAUCAUCUCGAGUCGCCGGAUACCUAAGGGAGAGGAGCUGACCUACGACUACCAGUUUGAUUUCGAAGACGAUCAGCACAAAAUCCCGUGCCAUUGUGGAGCCUGGAACUGCAGGAAAUGGAUGAACUAAACCCCAAGGAGGCUCUCCGGACAAGGCAAAUGGGGACACCCCCCCGACUGCUCGGCACAAGAGGCUCUGCACAGAGGGGAGGUGCUGCUGCUAUACCAGCUCUCCCAGCCCUCCUGCCACGCAGGGAAAUCACCUGGGGAGAGGGUGCAAAAAGAGGCAUGUUUGGAAGCCACCGCCCCAACAUGCUGGUGGGGCAGCUGCGGCCCAAGGGGUGCCACUGCUUGCCAGUCUUGGCUAUGGUAUUACCAUCGAGCUGGCUGGUUUCGGCUGCCAGCCUCAGCGGCCUCCUCUUCCAGACAAAAGUGACCUGCUUCUCCCCAGCAGAAAGGAACAGCCACUAAGCAGCCCCAUCCGGGGCAGGGAACUGACAAACUGGCAACUCAGGGUUUUCUUUUAGUUUUUCCUUUCCUUUUUUC